UUACAUGAAAUGGAAUCAAAAAAUGGCAAACACGUCAGUAUUGUCAAAAUUUGUUGUGUCAUGUCUUCAUUGUAUUAUUUUUGUUCCAUAUCAACAUCUGUGAAAUUGUGUAAAAUAUAAUACAAAUCUGAAAAACAGUUUAUAACUGUGCCAGUAAACAAUAAAUUAAUAAUAUUAACGAUGCAUUGGUACGGGGGAAGUAUUGCCGAAGCGGUUGCAUUAUCAAAACAAAGAAAUGCAAUUUUCGUCGUUUUUGUUGAAGGUGAUAAUGAACAGUCAGCAGAAAUGUCUUCAACAAUAGACAAUGUAGCUGUGGAGAAGAGAUUGUCAGAUCCUGAAAACUUCCUUGCCAUCAAGUUGAAGAGUGGAUCAAUAAACUACACACAUUUUGCACAAAUUUAUCAAUUUGUACCUGUGCCUUCCCUUUUCUUCAUCAAUAGAAAUGGAACACCAUUGGAGGUGGUCUGCGCGGGUGUUGAGGCGCAGAACCUGGCUACAAGGAUAGAUAGGAUAAUAGAAGAACAUAACAAAGAUAAGAAGGGAACUGUCCAACCGUCUACAUCUGGACAGAAUCUAAAACAACAGACAGCUAAUCUCAUACAAGCAGAAGCAGGUAACCCUGGCAAUGAAUCGGAACCUGCAGCGCCACCAACCUGUACCACUAGCAAUGAAGCAAAAACAGCAACGCCGUCAACUUCACGAUCAUCAAUUGAUGUUGAACCAGAGACUUCAUCAGGUCCUGCAGCAAAGGUCCCAAAGACCGAGUUCCAUGAGGUGACUCGUUCAGGACAGGAGUAUGAGGUGGUGUGCGACGGCGAUGUGUGUGUGAGGAAGCCCAAGGAAAAGCUGGAGGAGCCUGGACCCAGCACAAAAGAUACACCCGCUAACAAACCUGAAACUCCUGCCCCAACUCCAGUGAGUGCUGUCAGCUCUGAUGAGAAGGUGGAGCGAGCCAAAGAGCUCAUUGAAGCUGUGAAGAAAGAGAAAUUGGAAAAGGAGAAAGAGUUGGAGAAACAGAAAGAGUUGGAACGUCGCGCAGUCGGCCAGGGUGUCACUGAGCUAAAGAAAUGGCAAGCAGAACAAGAACUGAAACAAUUGCAGGAGGAGCGUAAGCGUGAGAAGAUGGAGAAUAAUCUAGCACGACAGCGUAUUUUGGAGCAGAUAGCGCAGGAUCGCGCAGAGAGGCGCGCGCGUGACAUUCCUCCCCCGCAGACCCCACAGCCGCCGCACACGUCACAGCCUUCGCCUCCGCCCUCGACUGUGGGCGAUGGCGGGUCACGUGCGCGGGUGCAGUUCAAGAUGGCGGACGGGAACGCGCACACGGCGCACUUUGACGUCGACACUACGCUGCUCGAACUGCGGCGAUAUGUCUCCACUAACUUACAUUUGCGUCAGUCGGAGUUCUCUCUGUGGACGGCAUUCCCGCGCCAGGAGCUGACGGAGGAAGGGUCCACGUUACGCCAGCUGCGGCUCGCGCCCUCAGCCGCGCUGCUCGUACUGCCGCGCCGCGUGCCCGAUACAGUCGCCACGCCCACAACAUUCUCUAACAUCAUCUCAUUCUUGACACAACUCUUCACAUCGCUGAUACUGGAGCCGUCGCAGCAGUUGUACAUGUGGCUGCGCGCGCGCAUCUACCCCGCCGCCCCGCCCCCCGCCCGCACCACCCCCGCGCCCGCCCCCGCGCCCCCGCACGCGCCCCCGCAGCCCCCGCAGCCCCCGCACGCGCCCGCAGUACGCCGCCGCGGCAACAUACACCGUCUUGCAGGCGACACCAACAACGAUGAUGAUAACAACACCUGGAAUGGAAACUCCACACAGCAGAUGUAACUCGAUGUUAAUUCAUAUUUAUUUUAUUUGUAAGGUGUUUCGGGACCCUGUUGUAUUUUUAUCCAAUAAUUUUAUUUCAUUCCUAAUUACUACGGAAUAACAUGAAUAUGACGUCAUAGCUUGUCAUAAGGCUCACAAUCUAUUGUGCACUCUGACUUAGCUUUGAUUCGAUGUUGGCUACGAGAUUAUCAUGUUAUUGUGCACGCAUUGUACAUGGUAAAAAUUGUUUUCCUUCAUGUUUUAUUAUUUUUAUUUCCUUUC